GUCCACAUAAUUUUAAUAAUUGCCUUUCUCCUGAAAAGAUUGCUAAUAAAUUAACAAUGUGAAGGCUAGAAAGCUGGCCAAGCAUAAUCCGGUGGGACUCCGGAUUGCUGGCUGGAUUGUCCCGUUUGAUCAGACAUUGUUUCUUAGAUGAAUAUUCAGGACGCCCUCGUGUAUAAAAGUUGUCCUUUGUUCUGACUACCUUGGUAUUAAGUUCGAAUUUCUUACCAUGACACACAAAGGAUUCGAUUCUUGCUUAGCUCUCUAAGCUCCUCUCACUUUCUCUUCCCCUCUUGAAUUCUUUGCUCUUGCCACACAACUAGCAGAUGAACUAAUCUAUCUGUUCCAACGUGGGCACAGUAGCAGCCCUAACUCUUACCUUGGCCCACUCUGACUUGUCCAGCCCUGGUUGAAUUCUUCGUAUCCCCGUGAGGGUCCGCACGUAGUUGGGGCUGUUUACUAAACGGAUGAACUUCCCUACCGGGAGGCUAGGUCUCGGUUAUGCCUUACUUCCCAGGAAGCGGCUUCUAUAGGCAUUGUUUAAAUGUAGGAGUAGGAGGGAGCUGGGGGUAUUGCAUUCCCCAGGUCACAGAUAAAUGAGAUUCCAAAACCAAGAUCUGGCUAGGCCUUGGAAAGAGGGACCUGCGAGGCCGACCAGACGUUUGGAACUGCGCCUUGCAGUGUGGGAUCUCAGCACCGGAUAUUACCCCGGUUUGUAGAGAGUUGAGUUACUGUUUUAAGAGACGUUGCACACCGUACGGGUCAAGAAGAAAGCCGAAGACGGGUUAGCGCCUGCGGUCGGGGUCGAGAAAAAGGCGAGAUGCGACCUGACGUGGGUCCACCUCUCUCCACCCGUGGCAAGCCCGACAGUCGCACUAUUGCUUUAACAAUCGCCCUCUUUCCAAGAAGAGCUACUUAGUGACCGUGAGCGAAUAUGCGUGGGAAGACACGAUGUCCUCUCGGCCUCUGUGCGCUCAGUUGUUUACCUAGGCGUCCGGGGGAGGCACACUCGCGGGACUCGCGGGACUCGGCCCCGGCCUCCUAGCUCGCCCAGGACACGACGCUGGUUCUGCGGGCUCUCGGAGCCCAGCGCGAAUCCCCCGGGCUAAUUCCCAAGAACCGAGAGGCAGCACUGCCUGGAGGCUGCCCCCGCCUCCGCGCCCCCGUCCUCACUUUCUGAGGCUGUUAGCAGAGAGUCCCGCGGGCCGGGGAGAAGCGGGACGCGGGGGAUGGCCUCGCAGCGCCCUGUGAGCGUCGGCAGUAGUCAGGCAGCCAGGGCUCCUUGGGCGAUCGCCCUGGGUAGAGGAGAGGAGUUUCCGGGGCUCGGGUCCGGGUCGCCUUCCAGGGGAACAAGCGCGGAAGCAAGUGGGCGGCGAGAGGCGGAGCAAGAGACACUGGAGGGCGUGGACGCAGCCGGCUUUGGAAAGGCCCCAAGUUAAUGAGGCGUGCGCCGGCUGCCGAGCGCCUCUUGGAGCUGGGCUUUCCCCCGCGGUGCGGGCGCCAGGAGCCGCCUUUUCCGCUGGGUGUCACUCGGGGGUGGGGAAGAUGGCCCAUUCAAAAGCGCCGCGAGGGGGCCCGGCCAGUGCCCUUCAGUGAGCGCUCGCAAGAGGACGGCAGAGGCCCGGCAGCUCGGAGCUCCGGGACCUUGUGGCGCAUCAGGACGCGGCUGUCCCUCUGCCGGGACCCAGAGCCGCCGCCGCCGCUCUGCCUCCUGCGUGUUAGCCUCCUCUGCGCGCUCCGGGCAGGCGGCCGUGGGAGCCGCUGGGGCGAGGACGGCGCGAGGCUGCUGCUGCUGCCCCCGGCCCGCGCGGCUGGAAACGGAGAGGCCGAGCCAAGCGGCGGCCCCUCUUAUGCUGGGAGGAUGCUGGAGAGUAGCGGCUGCAAAGCGCUGAAGGAGGGCGUGCUGGAGAAGCGCAGCGACGGGUUGUUGCAGCUCUGGAAGAAAAAGUGUUGCAUCCUCACUGAGGAAGGGCUGCUGCUUAUCCCGCCGAAGCAGCUGCAACACCAGCAGCAGCAGCAACAGCAGCAGCAGCAGCAGCAGCAGCAGCAACAACAGCCCGGGCAGGGGCCGGCCGAGCCGUCCCAACCCAGUGGCCCCGCUGUUGCCAGCCUCGAGCCGCCGGUCAAGCUCAAGGAACUGCACUUCUCCAACAUGAAGACCGUGGACUGUGUGGAGCGCAAGGGCAAGUACAUGUACUUCACUGUGGUGAUGGCAGAGGGCAAGGAGAUCGACUUUCGGUGCCCGCAAGACCAGGGCUGGAACGCCGAGAUCACGCUGCAGAUGGUGCAGUACAAGAAUCGUCAGGCCAUCCUGGCGGUCAAAUCCACGCGGCAGAAGCAGCAGCACCUGGUCCAGCAGCAGCCCCCCUCGCAGCCGCAGCCGCAGCUCCAGCCCCAACCCCAGCCUCAGCCUCAGCCGCAACCCCAGCCCCAAUCACAACCCCAGCCUCAGCCCCAACCCAAGCCUCAGCCCCAGCAGCUCCACCCGUAUCCGCAUCCACAUCCACAUCCACAUCCACACUCUCAUCCUCACUCGCACCCACACCCUCACCCGCACCCGCAUCCGCACCAAAUACCGCACCCACACCCACAGCCGCACUCGCAGCCGCACGGACACCGGCUUCUCCGCAGCACCUCCAACUCUGCCUGAAGGGGGCAGCUCCCGGGCAAGACAAGGUUUUGAGGACUUGAGGAAGUGGGACGAGCACAUUUCUAUUGUCUUCACUUGGAUCAAAAGCAAAACAGUCUCUCCGCCCCGCACCAGAUCAAGUAGUUUGGACAUCACCCUACUGAAAACUUGCGAUUCUUCUUAGUUUUCUGCAUACUUUUCAUCACGAUGCAGGAAACGAUUUCGAGUCAAGAAGACUUUUAUUUAUGAACCUUUGAAAGGAUCGUCUUGUAUGGUGAAUUUUCUAGGAGCGAUGAUGUACUGUAAUUUUAUUUUAAUGUAUUUUGAUUUAUGAUUAUUUAUUAGUUUUUUUUAAAUGCUUGUUCUAAGACAUUUCUGAAUGUAGGCCAUUUUCCAAAAAGGAAACUUUAUUUUCAAAAACCUAAUCCGUAAUAAUUCCUAAUCUUGGAGAAUAAAAAAGGGCGGUGGAGGUGAAAACAUUAAGAAUUUAUUCAUUAUUUCUCGAGUACUUUCAGAAAGUCUGACACUUUCAUUGUUGUGCCAGCUGGUUGAAAUUAAAACUCUGAUAUUACUUUUUUUGAGGAUUUUUAUUUUUGUUUUUGCUUAAACAUAUAGUUUGUCUAGAAGUUUAAAAAGCUAAAAGUUAAAAAUGGUGUAAUUAUGAAAAUCUAACACUCAAGAUAGUUUCUAAAAGGAAAUCAGUAGUUAAGGAUACCUGAUUUCAAAAUAUUUAAAGCAUAACCUAACUGAUGGUAGGAUGAUUGUAUCUUGAAUAUGUGGUAGGGCCACAUCUACUGUAGGAAAACCUUGCUUUUAUCAUCUGUGUGUAAAGGGCUUAAUAAGGAGAAGAGGCCUUUUGACUGAUUUGUGAGUAUAAAUGCAUUUGCUGUUUCAUUUCAAAAAUGUUGUGGAGGAAAAGAGUACAUUUAACUUGUAUAAGAGAAUAUUUGUACUCCUGUCCAGGCUGCAGGACCUUUCUUCGAGAGCUUUGCACACUUGACUUGAACCACAUUUUCUGAUCCCAUUACUUUGUUUUAGAAGCACACUGAAAAAUCUCGUUGUUUAAAGUACAAUUUGUAAAUAUUUCAAAGGUCUAGGAGUCAUAACUUUUUGUGUUCCUACUGAAAAUGAUGUUGAUCAGAGAAACCAACUGUUUUGCUUUUCAUUGCUCUGUGAGAAAUUUGAGGAUUCUGUUUUGCUGUUAGGUAAGCUAAACUCAGAAAUUGAAAAGGAAAAGACUGGAUAAACACAGGAUUUUCAGUAAGAAAACAACCCCAGUCUUGUCUUAGAAGCCACUUGUUGAGGAGUCUGUUGGGGGAAAAAAGAGGAUAUGCUUUUAAAGGUAGAACAAACCUUCUUCUGUGUUAAAUCAAAAGGAUGUUCAAAAUCCACCAGGACAGAUGCUACUUGGGUUUAAAUGGAGCCAUAGAUGAUACAAAGUCCUCUUGGGGCUGAAAAUCACUUCCUAUUUGCAUGGCUUUACUAACUGGUUUCUGUUUUCCAUUAUCUUUUUCACAGAAAGUCUUGGUCAGUAUUUUUCCAGCAUUUAAAUUGAAACGGUCAGUAUUAGACCACUGCUAGGUUAUGUAGUCAAGAAAUAAAAAUAGAAUUACAUGCUA